UUAACAUACAGAUUCAAAAAGGAUAAUUUACACAAUACUAAAAUGAGAGCUAUCAAGUUGCUUUCUUUUUUCAUAGUCUACAUUGAGACAACCUUUGCAAUGUAUAUUCGAAAUGAGAACAAUGAACACACCGGUCAAAACUCGAUGUUUCCUAGAAACGAUGAAGCCAGACAGAGUACUCAUUCUGAUACAUCAGGAAUACGUAUACAUAUCAAUGCAAACGGAGGAAGGGAUACCCCAUUCAUUGUUCUUCAAAGAAAACCCAAUUCAAACAUGCGACUACGAAUUAAUAAAGACAUGAAUUCCAAUGCACCAAUAAGGAUAGUAUAUGCAGGAAAUCAGCACAGUAAUUCGGAUUCUAACGGACCCUUUCACCCACAGCAUGCUUCAUCAAGACAAAGAAUCGUGUUUAGAUCACCGGAAGUCAACGACAAUCCCACAAUGGUGUAUGCAAGAAAUCAGCAAAGUGUUUCGGAUUCUACCGGACCCUUUGAUCAACAACAUGCCACUUCGAGACAAAGAAUCGUGUUUAGAACAUCGGAAGUCAAUGAAAAUCCAACAGGAGUGUAUGACAAUCAGCAACGUGUUUCGGAUUCUACCGGACCCUUUGAUCAACCGCAUGCCACUUCGAGACAAAGAAUCGUGUUUAGACCAUCGGAGGUCAAUGAAAAUCCAAUAGGAGUGUAUGACAAUCAGAAACGUGUUUCGAAUGCUGCCGGGCGCUUUGAUCAACCACAUGUCCCUUCAAGACAAAGAAUCGUGUUUAGACCAUCAGAAGUAAAUGAAAAUCCAACAGGAGUGUAUGCAAGAAAUCAUCAAAGUAUUUCGGAUUCUAACGGACUCUUUGAUCAACCACAUGCUCCUUCAAGACCAAGAAUUGUGUUUAGACAAUCGGAGGUCAAUGGAAAUCCCAGCAGGAUUAUUCUAAAAUCUGCAAAUCAAUCGAGUGUGCGAAUAUCAUCUAGAAACUUCAAACAAGCGAGAUCUCGUCAAUGAGAAUAUUGAAAAUAUGGACAUGUUUUGAAAUCCAGUUAUCCCGGAUGUUAAUUCGGAAGUUUCAUUUAAAAUUUCGAGUGCUAAAUUCCACAAAAUUUGUCUAACAUGCUGGCGUGUUACCAUAUUUUGUAUUAAAUUAUUUUCUUCUUA